CGCCUAUGACCGGGCGUUUGUUCCGCGACUCCGCAGCCGCAGCCGGACCGGAUCGCUCUUGUCCCUCCGCCGCAUCCGUUCCAGCGCUGGGGGACGUCGGUGGCGGCAGGCGGCCAUAUUGUCUCUGAUACAGCAGAAAUCACUCUAGCGGCUACGCCGGGCGACGGAGGAACGGGAGAGCCGUUAGCUUGAUACAACUCAAGCUUCUCGGGAGGGAUUUCGGUCGAAUUCUUGAUAAAGGAGCGGUGUGAAGGUGCCCCUGGUGCCCCCCACCCUCAGCCAAAGCCCCCCAUACCCCUUUGCCCUGUCAGGAACAACCCCCCUCUCCCCUUACCUUCCCUCCUCCUCCUCCCUCCCUCCCUCCCUGUCUUCCAACCAUUGUCUGUGGCAGUAAGGGCUCCUCACCACCUCCGCCAAGCUGUCGGACAUGUCAGGACCCGUGCCGAGCCGGGCCCGCGUGUACACCGAGGUCAACACACACCGGCCCAGGGAGUACUGGGACUAUGAGUCCCACGUGGUCGAAUGGGGAAAUCAGGAUGACUUUCAGUUGGUGAGAAAGCUCGGGCGUGGCAAGUACAGUGAAGUCUUUGAGGCAAUCAACAUUACCAACAAUGAGAAGGUGGUGGUGAAGAUACUCAAGCCGGUGAAGAAAAAGAAAAUCAAGCGCGAGAUCAAGAUUUUGGAGAAUCUACGUGGAGGUCCUAACAUAAUCUCCCUCAUCGAUAUUGUGAAAGACCCUGUAUCCCGAACGCCUGCCUUGGUCUUUGAACACGUGAACAACACAGAUUUUAAGCAACUCUACCAGACUCUGACUGACUAUGACAUCCGGUUCUACAUGUACGAGAUCCUCAAGGCCUUGGACUACUGCCACAGCAUGGGAAUCAUGCAUAGGGACGUGAAGCCACAUAAUGUCAUGAUUGAUCAUGAGCACCGCAAGCUGCGCCUUAUCGACUGGGGUCUGGCUGAGUUCUACCACCCGGGGCAGGAGUACAACGUCCGGGUGGCGUCCCGCUACUUCAAAGGACCAGAGCUCCUAGUGGACUACCAGAUGUACGACUACAGUCUGGAUAUGUGGAGCCUGGGCUGCAUGCUGGCCAGCAUGAUCUUCAGGAAGGAGCCUUUCUUCCAUGGCCAUGACAACUACGACCAGUUGGUGAGAAUAGCGAAGGUGCUGGGUACAGAAGACCUGUACGACUACAUCGACAAGUACAACAUUGAGCUGGAGCCUCGCUUCAACGACAUCCUGGGAAGACAUUCUCGUAAGCGGUGGGAGAGAUUCGUCCACAGUGAGAACCAGCACCUGGUGAGUCCGGAGGCCCUUGACUUCCUGGACAAGCUGCUGCGCUACGACCACCAGGCCCGGCUGACCGCCCGCGAAGCCAUGGACCACCCCUACUUCUUCCCCAUUGUGAAAGAUCAGUCUCGCAUGGCCGGGUCAGCGAACCUGCCCAGUGGGAAUACAGCUGUAAGCACAGCCAGCAUGAUUACUGGUAUCUCCGCCUUGCCAGCCUCCACUGCCCUCGGCCCACUCACUGGCUCGCCUGUCCUGUCUGCUGCCACCAAUGCCCUGAGCACCCCGGUGCCCGCUGCUGCCGGUGCUCCUCAGUGACGGCCUGGCACCCGUCACCCGCUUGCCGCCCCCCUUUCAUCUCCCCACCCACCUACCAUCACCCAGCCCGGGGAGAAACCAGACAGGUGCCACUCUGCCAGCCCUCACCACUCGAACUCAGUCUGACUGCUCCUCGCCAAUCUCACGGAGGGCGCCGUCGUCAAAAAAAAAAAGAGAAAAAGAAAAAAAAAGAGAUGUCUUUCUGUUCCUUUUCCUCCCCGAAUGAACGUGUUAACCUGACAUAUGAAAUGAAUGUUCUGUGUAACUGACAUAUACAGGUAUUCCUUUCAUUUUUUCCACUGGCUGUAAUGAAAACAAAGGAGUGCGUGUGUGUUGAGUCUGAGAACGAGUGACAUCCACGGCUGAUGUGGGGUCUCGCCCCCUCCUCCUCCACAUCCCCCCCCCACCAUCGCCUCACUCCUCUGUGUUUAGGUUGGAUUUCACACACGCUGGUCAAAUAGGUACUUAAGCAGAAGGCAAAAGAGAGAGACAUUAGCCAUUAGGACCAAAAGGAGAACAUUGUGUAUAGUUUACUAACGCAGCGUUGUCAAAGCAGGACGUGGCGAGAACACCUAAAAGCAGUUUUCCAUCCUCAAACCAGACUAAAACACCUAACAGAAGACUCAAUCUUCACAGCAUUUUGGAAGUGUUUGGUGCUGUUCUGUGCUCCAGGUGUAUGUGAACACUGAUGCCGCCUCACUUAAUAAGUCAAAACGACACUUCAACACUUUUCUCGCCUGAGUAGUUUUGUCUUGCCUUUCUACCAAACCAGACAACCAGUCUUCUUUUGAUAUACAAACUCCCCCCACGUCAUUCAUUCUCAGUUUUGCAGUUGAUUUCUUUUGUAUUGAAAUGCUCGGGACUGCUGGAAAAGGUUCAUUCACUGUCGAAACGGUUUGAUUGAUGCCAGUGUUGUACUAUAAUCUCUCAGAAGCCAGGCGAAGUUGUCUGUUCAGGUUCUUUUGAAAUGGUUUCUUAAAUGUGCUGCUUUCCAGUUCCUUGAAUUACUUCAAGUGGCUUUCCUUGAAUUACUUCAAGACAUAACCAAAGUUUACUCAAUCGCUUGGGAAGAGGAGACUGACCAAACGUUUUGCUUUGUGGGAAAGAGUUGAACACGGAGAUGCUGUAUCGCAGGUUGACAAUAUGGGAUGAGACGACAACAUCAUGUAAUCACUUGUGGUUGACUGAAGUGCUAUUAGCGCUGGAGGAAAGUCCAGUUCUUCUUAAAUUUAGUUUAAUGGGUAAGUUUUGAUCAAUAAUUCAUUGGCUUUCACCCACAUAUUGAGGGAAGUUUUGAAGUUUCAGAGGUUGAAUAGAACUUGAAGGGUUGAAUUUUCCCCAAUGUUUUAGUGCCAGAGGUUGAAAGUUUGCGUUUUAGACCCUGCUGUACAUACGCAUCCUUUUUUUCAUUUGAAACCUGAAAAUGCAAAGAACUCAAACAUGUAUACAUUGACCAGAUAACGGAGCUGUAUGAGUCCCUACAUCACUGUAUAUAUUUUUAUGUCCUUAUGUAGAAGACUAGUAUUUGAAAAUAUUUGUGUAAAUAAACACGUGUUUUAUUUAUCAGGUA